UGCGGAGUUAGAGAACUUGCGGAAGAGUCUGCGGGAGCUUCAAGAAAAGGCAGAGAAGGCGGAGCCGCUGCUUCGGCUUGGUUCACCUGGCAAGCUGCGGGCGUUGAUCGUGAGGAACACGGCCUCCGAGUCCGACCUAAAUUUGAUAAAAGAGAGCAUUUCUGCUGAUGCUUCCGAAGUACAGAAGCCCGUAGCGAGCAGCAAUGCGUUGAUUAUGGGGAACAAUGUUUCAAAGGAGAGCACCGAAGGGCAAGAAGUCACUGUACGGUCCCAAGACGGAACAGUGGAGGUGCCCGGACACAGCGCGAAGCUUGUCAGAAAGCUCCAAGAAAUGCAGCGAGUGCUUCAGCAACAGCUUCAGCAACUCCAAUGUGAGCAUGAAAAGUUAAACAGAGAGAAUCAGGUUCUCAAGCAAGCAUUGAUGAGCAAAGCCCAGGAAUCUGCUGAUAAGGAAGAAGCGGCUGUUAGAGAGCAAGUGGACUACGAUGAGCUUAAAAGGGGACUGGAGGCGGCAGCCCGUAACGCCCGUGAUUCCCGAUACCUUGCACUAAUGGAAAGGGAAAGGCGCAUUGCCCAAGUAACACGGCUAAAAAUUCAACUCGAGAAGGCUCAGAGGAAGCUUAAAGGCCUUCCGGUUCCAUUAGACACGAAACAGUACGCAUCAGACACUUAA